AUGAACAUUGCCCUCCUGACCCGUUGGCUCUGGCACAUUGCCAAUGGUGAUGGAGGUCUUUGGCUCACCAUCAUCCAGAACAAGUACCUUCGGGGACAGCCCCUUGCAUUCUAUCAGCGCUCGGGCGGCUCCCAGUUUUGGCAGGCCGUUGUCCAGCUGCUGCCGGUGCUUCGCAUUGGCACAUCCAUCUCGGUUGGUACUGGGUCCUCGACUCUGUUCUGGUUUGAUCGAUGGCUUGGCGACACCCCCCUGGCCGCACGCUUUCCGGGGCUCUUCGACAUUGCAGUUGACCCUCGUAUCUCUGUCGAGUCGGCCCUUAUUGACCUUGGGCGCCUCGCUUUCCAUCGCCCCUUUGGCCCUCCUGAAGUUGCCGCUUGGGAUGCCCUCCUCCAGGACAUCGCCCUCCUCCCCAUUGACGUCGCCGACACCCCGGACGCCAUCUCUUGGCGUCUGAAUCCCUCGGGCCGCUUCUCCACCAAAUCCCUCUACGCGGCCAUCGCCCCCUCGACGGCCCCCGAGCCCUUUAGCUUGAUUUGGGAUAUCCGCCUGCCCCUGAAGAUCAGUAUCUUCCUGUGGCAAUGGAUCCGCGGCCGUCUCCCGUCCGGUGUCGAGGUCUGUAAGCGUAAUGGACCUGGCGAUGGGAUGUGCCCCAUGUGCGGCACGGUGGAGGAUGCUAACCACAUCUUCUUCUUGUGCUCCACGGCUCAGUUCCUUUGUUCCUGUUUCCGCGAGACGGUUGGGGGCCAGUGGUGCAACACCAACUUCUCUGACCUGCUUGCAGAAAUUCACGCCUCCCCCCUCGCUACCGCCAUAUUAGAUGGCUUUGCGUUGGGGUCCUUGCCUGGACGCUUUGGACCGUUCGCAAUGAGCUUGUCAUCCAGAAGGUGCCUCUUCGACGUGCUACUGACGGCAUCUUCAAAAUGUGUGGAUUCUUGCAGCUCUGGCGGCCGCUUAGCCGCCCCCAGGACCGGGAUGUCAUCAGCAACCUCCUCGCCGACCUUCGAUCGAUGGCCUUCCGCUUGGCGCCUCCGCUUCCUCCCCGUGUUUUUUGUUUGUUAAGGGCUUGUGGAGCUGUGCCCUCAGCAUUAACCCUUUGACUACUGGUUGCCUAGAUUUGUGUGUUUGUGUGUGUGAACCUUGUUGGAUAUUU